UUGGUUUUUCAGUUUUCCUGGACCAAGCGUGAAAAUGUUGUUACGGAAGUUUGCAGUGGUUAUUGGUUUGUUGAGUGUGGCUGUCGGUUAUCCUAGUUAUAGUGAUUUAAGCAAAGCCAUUAUGAGCUCCAUGACAAAUCUAUGGAAUGAGCAACAGGGACAAUCUCCGCAAGAUAAAAUUGAAGCCGAUCAAUUUCUGAUUGAUUAUUUAUAUGAUGGAAGUAGUGCCAGUGUAUCCAAUGAAAAACGAAGUGAUUCCAGGGUUGUUGAAACAAUUCCUGGGAAAACGAAGACCACCGACGUUGCGAAGUCCAACUACAUGAUAUACUCAACGAGAAGAACCAAAUACCCACAAACCCACUAUCCUAAAAAGCAAUCAACUUAUAAUGUAAAAUCAACGAAGAAAGACCGUGGUCCACUUUACCGAGCAUUGAACGGCCCAAAUCCGGUAUCCUUUGAGCGACUACUGCAUUUUUAUGAUUACCUCGAUGAAUCGUAUGAAGAUACCUCAAACUCAGAUCCAAAUUGUACAAAAAAUAUUGAAUCAAUGUUAGGUAAAUUCCUGAAAGCGAUAACAUCCGUUAUCAAGCGUCCAGUUGUGGUCAACACAAAUGUUUGUUGUCCUCAAACUUCACCAGCUCAACCGAAUUCAGACAACUUGGCAAACCCUCAACCUACUACUUCAAAACCUCCUUUGUUAGAAUCGCUUUAUACUAGUCUCGCACAAAAUAGUAGAUAUGCAAGUAAUCAUAAAGAUAUUGUUGAGCAAUUACAUCGACUGCUCGAGUCAAUUGGUCACCCCAGAGAGAAGAACUCAGAUAAAAAAGCAAUUAUUCCUGACACAAGUGAGAAUGUGCCAGUUCAGUCAUUAUCUGAAACUACCCCAAUAUCUACCACGAUAUCCUUAGAGAAAGAGACAAUGCAGGAUACCGAAAAUAGUUUUCCUGAGAGUACGAGCACACUUUUUGACGUAACAAGUACGACUCCACCUAGCCAGAGAACUGUGACGUCUACUAUCGAGGCUAAGUCGGCGGAGACAGAAAUGGAAUUUCCGUCAAUACUGGAUGAUAAUUUUUAUUCUACUCCACCAUCCACACAAUUACCACCAGAAAGUCAAACAUAUCAAACAACUGACACGACUACUGGGGAUGGUUCCUCUGCAGAAGCAGCUACAGAGGCUGAUUCCACUAAGUUAAAACGAAAAAAAACGUCAGCUUUUAAGUAAAAGGCAUCCCAAAAAUGUCAUUGAAUCUUCGAUUGCCCAAAUACUUCAACCAAAGAGCGUGACUACAGCCCCACCUUCUUUUCAAGAUACUGAAUAUGAAGAUUUUAUAAAGAACAACAUGGGAAACACCACUAGUGACUUGGAGACCUUGGUCUUGAAUCGAAAUCCUAUUGUUGAGCACACAAACGCGGCUUUAUUGGAUCACGAGAAGAAGACUCAAGGCGAAUGGAUAAGACCCCGAAAACCGAGUAACUGCAGUGAAUCGUCAGGGAAACCAGCACAGAUGGAGACGGUUAAUAUUGAAGAAAUAAUAAAAAAUCCGCCAGACUUUAUUGAGUCCAUUAAAUAAAUAUUCCUCUUUUGGAAAAGCGUUUCGCUAGGAAGCUACCGCAUGGAAGGAUGAAUACGUUUACUUUUAUUAGUCCUAAAAUUUAUCAAUAAAGUUGGUGCCCAA